ACAUCACCGUCAAGAAUUUUCAGCGGAGAAUCGACCGCACAGCUGAGCCGACGCGAAUACUGGGCCUAGUAUAAAUAACAAUGUCCAAAUCAACCGAGAACGUCGAAACGAAGCUAAAAAUCCUUGCACUGCACGGCUACCGCCAGAAUGCGGAUUCGUUUAAAGGGAAGCUGGGUUCUUUUCGAAAGUUUGUUAGCAAGUACGCAGAAUUUGUGUUUGCUUCGGCGCCCCAUCCGGCACCACCGCUUGAAGCUGGAACCGACCCUGAUCCAAGUCAACGCAGUUGGUGGUUUAAUAAGGAAGAUCGGACGUUUAAAGGCACCAAUGAAGGUGGCCCCGCAUACGGAUUUGAAGAAAGUUUAAAGCUGCUGGAGAAAACGUGGGAAGCGGAAGGUUGCCAUGGGUUACUAGGAUUCUCUCAAGGGGCCUGUUUUGCCGGAUUACUGUGUGAUCUAAGUGCUCGAGGGAUGACCACCAUUAAGCCACAAUUCGCAGUGCUCGCGUCUGGUUUCCGGUCAGGAAGUUUAGUGCACUUGAAUUACUAUGAAAAUAAGGUGCAGAUUCCAUCGCUGCAUAUUUUCGGGGAAACGGAUGAAAUCAUUACCAAGGAUAUGAGUGUCGCUCUUUCGGAAACCUUUCUCGAGCCGGAAAUUGUAACGCAUCCCGGUGGACAUUACUUUCCUGCACAAGCAUCCAUGAAACAAAUGUACGUUGAUUUCUUUCGUGACCAACUUCAGAAUCAUCUAGAAGCGAAAGAAUUGCAAAACGCCACGGAGGAAAAUAGCUUUCACGUUGCCGACGAAGUGACUCCAGAAAUGGACCAACAAUUAGCGGGCAGUGAUUCGGACUCAGACUAA